AUGGAUAUUUCUCUGACCUCACGCCUCAACACUGUAAAACCACCCAUUAUUCGUCGUCCACUCGCCGAUAACCAUCGAAGGUUUGUCUCGGUUUCAUGCAGUGCAAGAUCAGCAGCCAGGUUGGCCUGCGGAAAUGAGAGUCCCAACUACUACAAGCUGCUUCAUUUGAGUCCUGAUAAUGCAGGCGUUGAUGAGAUAAAGAGAGCUUACAGAAGGAUGAGUCUACAAUAUCACCCUGAUGUUUGUGAUCCUUCCAUGAAGGAAGAAUCAACAAGGAUGUUUGUUCAGCUGAAUGCAGCUUACAAGACCCUCUCUGAUCCCGUUCUGCGAAUGCACUAUGAUUAUGACUUGGGUUUGAUCGAUUUUAGGCAACCAUUGAGGACGGACACUACAACGAAGAUAUGGGAAAAUCAAAUUACAGGGUUGAAGAGAAGGUCCGACUACAGAAUGGCUCAACAGGGGAUAACAUGGGGAAGUAGAAUGAGGGCUCGGAAUAUUCAGAAAUGA